AUGGCAUUUUCAAUCUUAAAACCUUUUUUAGUUCUGGUUGGUGGGCUGGACUCGGCCGGAAGUGAGCGAAGUGAUGCUGUGGAUGAUUCUCCGUACAGAGGGGAUGAGCCUUGCGCGGGCGGAAGUGCGCGGAGUGAGGAAAAAGGCCCUUCUCAGGGCCAAGGCUCGGUGAGCUCAUUUUUGAGUAAGCUGGGUUUGGCUAAAGACCCUUCUAAGGGUCAGCGCGUUGCGGGUCGUGGUAGUGGAGGUAGAGGUAGAAAUCCUCAACCUAAUGUUGGCAAAGUUUCCGGAGAUGUCUUGGAGGUGCUGGGGACAGAUGAUCUCCUCUCUAGAGACCUGUCCCACUCUAGGGACCCCUCUGUAGAGACGAUAGGACCGACUGAGAAGGAGGUGGACAGGUGCAGUCGACGUGCGUCUACUGCUAAAUCGGAUAUAGAUGGUGAUAUGAGUUUUAGGGAACGUUCUCGGUCUCGCUCUCGAUCACCAAAUAGAGUGACAACGCGCUCGCAAACAAGGGCGCAGUUAAUGGCCAGUUCAACAUCGUCGCCUACACUGGCUAAACUGGAUUGUACCAAGUCGUCGGCGAAAGGAAAAGAGGCUGAUGUGUCUCUCUCGCUGUCGACAUCUGACUUGACGGAAAUAGUAAGGGGAGAGAGUGUCCCGGUACUCACACUUGACAGAUCGAUGAGUGGCUCUGUCUGCUCACUGGAGGGUAGUAGGAAGGGACCUUUUCACCUUAGAAUCCCAACGAGAGGUGCUAUAAGGGGCUCCACUGCCCCUCUUGACAAGGCUUUGACAGCAACACCUUUGUGCAAGGAUGGGCGAAAUCCCUCCCCUCCAAAUAUCGGCUCAAAUAUCUCCUUGGGCAAACGAGUUCAUAACAGCUCGGACUCGAGUGAGGGUAGCGGGGGUAGCAAUGAAACCCUAACCGAGCAUGCACACAAGAGACAAGCAAUUGAGUUGUCUCCGACACGGAUUCCGGACGUGUGUGACUCGCUGCAUAGCUCUAAUAGUGAGGAUAAUGCCGAGGAGGACAGUGUCUUCUUCCGCCGACCGCCUCCCUCCCCUCGGCGCAAAAAGACUCUGGCUGAACACCACGUCGGAGUCUCUGCGGCCAAGAGAAAAGGCAGGGUAGACCCGGAAGCGGAUAUUGAUAUCGACGACUUAUCCGGAAGUGAUGAUGAGGAGCUCCCCAUAGAGUUGGACCCUGAACUGCCUGAGGGAUCCUCUGUCCUAGAGGUGCAUAAUAAGGCAAUGAACUACUUGGACUCUAUUGAGGAGCAGUGCGCCAAGUCGAGGAACCUCAAGGGCACUGUCAGGAAGCCUUCAAUAUUGGCACUGCUGAUCUUCGUAAGCUCCUCACGAAGAACCUGACGGUGUCAGCGGAGGAGGAAAUUAGACACUUAAAGGCGGAGAAUAUGCGCCUUGGGAAUGAGCUCAAUCUCAUUAGGCAGGAGAUCGCGGGCCUGAAGAGAGAGAGAGCGGAGCGGGAUGUCGCCAUCAAUUUGGAAGGCAAAUCAAGGAGACAGCGCAGGAAGGCCAACAUGGACAUCCCUGCUGAUGGACCAAACUCGGGUGUUGGGGAAAACACAUGCCUCCCCAAGGAGACACUGA